AUGAACGUAAACAAGAAAUUAGAUCGCUUCAAGCAAUGGGCUGGCGAACGAAUGGGAGGAGAGGUCAAGACCAAUGUCUCCGAAGACUUCAAGGCCAUGGAAACGGAAAUGAACCUACGACACGAUGGUAUGGAGAAAAUGCACCGGUCCAUGACUGCAUACGUCAAGGCCAUCUCUAAGCGCAAGGAAGGAGACGAUAAGGAAAAGACACUCCCAAUCGCUCACUUGGGAAGUGUCAUGAUCCAGCAUGGCGAGGACUUUGACUCUCACUCCGACUUUGGUCGAUCUCUGGCUUUGACUGGAAGGGCCCACGAAAGGCUUGCCCGUAUUCAGGAAAGCUACUCUGUUCAAUCUAGCACAAGCUGGCUCGAGGCUCUUGAGCGAAGCCUAGCCUCUUUGAAAGAGUACCAGAAUGCUCGCAAAAAACUAGAAAGCCGUCGUCUGGCCUAUGAUACUUCACUGGCAAAAAUGCAAAAGGCCAAGAAGGAGGACUUCCGUGUCGAAGAGGAACUCCGCUCACAGAAAGCCAAAUAUGAGGAGACAAAUGACGACGUUUACCGCAGAAUGAUGGAUAUUCAAGAAGCGGAAGGUGAAAACCUGACGGAUUUGACAGCUUUCAUUGACGCUGAGCUCAACUAUCACGAGCGUUGUCGCGAAGUGUUGGUUCAGUUGAGAAAUGAAUUACCAGCAGCGAAUCCGCCCAUGUCACAGACAAACAGCCGCCGCCCUAGUCGAGCGCGCUCAAACACGGCGCAUUCAUACCAAGAGCGAUAUGAGCCAGUCCAAGAAGUAGCUCCACCCUCACCUCCCCGGCCAAUGAUCAAGACCAGGCGAUCUUCCACAUUCUUUGCGCAGAACGACGAUACACCACAAGCACGACCAGAAUCCGUCUAUUCACGUCCAACGCUCAACCGCGUCUCAACUUACGAUAGCUCUACGCACUCACGCAACGAUGAAUCUUAUGCACCUAAUCGGGUUCAUAGUGAUCUUUCAGUCCGUACGGCCAGAACAAAUUUGAGACCAGUCAGCAAGAUCUAUGAAGACUACCAGGACGGCUCCUCGUAUGGCAACGUGAGCCCGUACGAUGAUAGAUCGGAGUCGUCUGCUGCAUCGCAAAACGGCUACUUUUCGCGCACACCCAGCUCAUCCGCAUUGAACUCUACUUCACCCGCUCAGAAGAAAGGACCUCCUCCACCACCCCCAUCACGAGCGACCAAGCCUAAGCCUCCUCCCCCACCUCCUCCAGCCAAGCGCAAUUUGAUCGGAGCAUAA